AUGAAGCAUACCGCCGCCGUCGUUGGCCUUCUCGCCUCCCUCGCUCUCGCCGGACCCGUCACGCCGAUCCCUCAAGCGGCCAGCGUCACGUCCUCGACGAGCAGCGCCAAGUUCCCGUCGCGCGUCACGCCCAUUCCCGUCCCGGCCGUCGUCAAGCAGCAGGCGCCGGGAUCCCCGGCCGAGGCCCACUUUCCUCCCGGCAUCACCCCGCUGCCCGCCGCUCCGACGCCGGCCGGCCGAUUCGGUUCCGCCGUCUCCGCCAUCCCCAACGUCUCGCAGUACGUUGUCGAGAACCAGGCAAAGCACUUUUCCCACCUCUACCCCAGCGAGCCCCUCAGCCACGAGAAGACGGCCGAGCCUCCGUCCUCCUCGAUCAGCGGCGACGCCGAGGACGCCUUCUUCGGUUCUCCGCAGCUCCAGAUUCCCCUCGGCUCCGUCCCCCACCCAUACGCCGAGUCGGAGGGCAAGGUCCGUCACUUCAACCGCGAAGGGCCGGUCGCGGCCCCCAAGGGUCCCGUGGGCCCUACCGGCCACGAAUGA